AUGACCUUACGCUUGCCUCUUCAAGAAUGGGAAUUCGCCAUCAUCAACAACACCUGCGAUCUCCUCUCCCCACCAAUGACGAGAUCUGACGAGACAAAUAACAAAUUCUACGAGCACGUACAUGCCCCCCUGGUGUCUGUGUCAAAGGCGGAAAAAGUGAUCGUUAUUGGCGAAUUCAACUCCCGCGUCUGGGCAGACCACAGUACCAGGGAGGGAGUGCUGGAUCGCCAUGGUCUCGGCGGCUUUCUCGAUAACGAACUACUCCUUCCGCAAACCUGCGCGGAACACUGCCUCCUUCUGACCAACAUCUUCUUCCGCCUUCCGACACACAAGGGUGCACCCCCCGAUCGCGGCGCUGUUGGCUGCUGGACUGUGUUCUCGUCUGGCGCGCGAUCGACAGGACAUGCUGGUAACCAAAGCGAUCUAGAGGCCAGUAGCUGGACGGACCACCGCCUCGUCAUCUCUAAAAUGAGGUUCUCUCUGUAACCCAACAGGAGGCCACAGGAUAUGUGACGACCAGGUGAGUUAAAUGCUGUUUUGUUUAAUUUUCCUUCAUACCGUCUUCACUUCAGUAGUCAACGACUCCGUCAAGACCCUAUGCUGCCAACUGCAGGACGCCGUCCAUUAAACCUCACUGGGUGUCCUCGGAUGCGCACGUCGUCAGAACCAGGUCUGCUUUUAUGGAAACGACCCAGUCGUCAGCAAACUGUUAGCCGAAAAAAGCAGGCUGCAUAAAGCCUAUAUUGACCGUUCGACCGAUGCUAAAAAAGCGACCUUCAACUGAUAACGCCCCCUUGCACAGAAGCGGUGGGGAGGACGCCUUUGCAGGACGCCUGAGUGGCUCGUAAAGCCGAGGAUAUCCAGGGUUAUGCGAACGAAAAUGAAUCAAAGAAUAAGCUCUCAGUGAUAAAGGCUAUCUACGGUCCAGGGACCGAGGGAACCACUCCGAAUUUCAGCACCGAGGGAACGCCUAUUCUAACCAAGAAGUCGUAAAUUCUGAAGAGCUGUGUCAAGCACCUUACUAGUGUCCUUACUCGCUCACCAACCACCACCGCCGGCGCCGUCGUCGGCCGGUUCCCCAAGUGGAAAUCAGCAUCGAUCUGGACCUCCACCCUCCCUUCCAGAAACUAUCCGCGCGUGCAACAACUCUCCAGCGGAAAAGAACCAGACUUUGAUGCGAUCCCCGUUGAAAUCAACAAGGAAGGCGGUCGCGGAUUGAUGGAUCACCCAACAGCACUCUUCCAGAAGAGGUGGCGACGAGAGCAAAUCACUCAGGAUUUCAAGAAUGCGACUAUCUCACCUCUCUGA